GGCGUGUUACCGGGGUGACCCCGGCCUGGCCCCGCCCCCCGGGGAGCGGGCGCUCACGCAGGGGGGGCGCAUGCGUCCGGAGGAUCGUCAUAGCAACAUGUGGCUGGCCAACCCGGCGCGGGGGCAGGUCGCAGGCCUCCGCCAGAUGGGUUCGCGCCUCAGCUCGCCGGAGCGGUCCUAUCACAGCGCCGCCUCCCAGCAACAACUCAGCCCAAGCCACGCCCCCUGGAGGAAUUCAGCCAAUGACACAUCGAGGUACAGCCAUGUGAUGGCCACGCUGCAGGGGAUUGGUGGUUACAGCAGCUCGGAGGAGGAGCUCAGCUACGCCGGCUAUGAGGGCUACGACCGUAACAUGGAAGGCCAUUGGUUGGACCAAGGCUCGUGGCACAGCGAGACUCCGCCCACGUCUACGCACGCGGUCACAUGGCAGCCGUCCAAAGAUGGGGAGCGUCUGAUUGGUCGGAUUCUGCUCAACAAGAGGAUGAAGGACGGCAGCAUCGCGGACGACACCGGAGCCCUGCUGGGACUCAAGGUUGUGGGGGGCAGGAUGACGGAGUCCGGGCGACUCUGUGCCUUCAUCACCAAGGUGAAGAGAGGAGGGCUAGCAGACACAGUAGGGCACCUCCGACCAGGUGACCAGGUGUUGGAGUGGAACGGGAGGCCCCUGCAGGGAGCCACCUUCAAGGAGGUCUACAACAUCAUCCUGGAGUCUAAAACUCAGCCGCAGAUAGAGCUGCUGGUGUCCCGAGCUCUCAGUGACUCUGCCCAGAUGUCAGACAACUCACCCACACACAUGGAGCCAGGUUAUUUUGACCCCCAGAAGCCCCCCUUGCGAGGCGUCCAGUCGGGCCUCUCGGGCUCCUCUGGCUGGACCUCAGCGGUUCCCAGAGUUCAGGUGAAGCUGUGGUAUGAUAAGCUGGGCCACCAGCUGAUGGUCACGGUCCUGGGGGCCAAAGACCUCCCAGUGCGUGAGGACGGACGCCCCCGGAACCCCUACGUCCAGAUGCACCUCCUCCCAGACCGCAGUGAUAAGACCAAGCGGAGGACAAAGACGGUGAAGAAGACGGUGGAGCCUCGCUGGAACCAGAGCUUCAUGUAUGGCCCGCUGCCGCGCCGCGACUUCAGCCUGCGGGCGCUGGAGCUCACCGCCUGGGACCAGGCCCACACCCGCGAGGAGGACCGCUGCUACCUGGGAGAGGUCCUGAUAGAGCUGGAAUCGGCCCUGUUGGAUGAUCAGCCUCAUUGGUACAAAAUCCAGAGCCAUGAUGUGACAUCACUUCCUCUCCCAAACCCCUCCCCCUACCUGCAGCGACGCCUGUACAGGUCCCAGAGGACGGCUGAGGGGGAGUUCUCAGACUACGACUGUGAAGAAGGCAUUGGAGUCGUAUCAGACUACCGACAGAGUGGCCGGGACUUCCAGAGCUCCGCCCUCUCUGUUCCAGACCAAGUCAUGGUGACCAAUCACGGCUCUCGAUCUGAGCUGGUCAGGAGUCGAUCACGCUCCCCAAGCCAGCCGUCUCCACAAAGUGCCUCUCUCUAUCCGCUCUACCGCGACGAUGCUGUACGGUUGCUACGCAACAACAGGUUGUCAAGGACCUAUUCCGACGUGGGCCAGAGCGGCAGUCUGGACAGGAGGCUGAUGAAGAGGGUUUCUGCGACCAACUCUUUGGACUUAGGAGGCCGAUACUCCGCUGGUCCUAGCUCCGCCCCCUGGACCCCCCCCAUGGUGAACCCUAACUCUGAUGAAUUCAGCCAGGACUUCAUCCCUCACUUCCCCUUCGAGCCUGAUGCCCUGGACGAUGAGCUCGUCAGAGCAAGCAAAGGGAUGGAUAGUCACGACAGCUCCGGUCGCUCGCGCUCAGUGGACCUGCGGUCUGACCACGCCCCCUCUGCCGCACGCCCCGCCCCCUCAGCCCAACGCUCCGCCCCCUCAUCGCCCGGCCCUGUCAGGGGUAUCUCUCCAAAUGGGACAUCUGGGAGACAGCUGCCCCACGCCCCUUCACAGGUCACAUACCGAGCUGAAUCGUCCGAAGGUUACAACGUUAACAAAGGAGCUCCGCUAUCAUCUCAUCACAACCAAGCCCCUCCCCCACGCCAAGCCCCUCCCCCACGCCAAGCCCCUCCCCCAGUCCUUCCUCAGGCUGCUCAGUCGGUCGUUCUAAAAGCCCCUCCCCAUCAGGCUCCUGCCCCUCACCAAGCAUCUCCCUUCCAACAAGCCCCCCCACCUGUCAAUCAUCAUGGACCCCCAGCCAUAAGGAUUCAAGGCCCGCCCCCUGCUGCUCCCCCAGUCACUCCAGGCCCCGCCCACGCACAAGGCCCCGCCUCUACACCUGGUCCCCCACACACACCUGGCCCAGCCAUGGCCCUCACAACAGGCCCCACUCCUACACCUGGCCCCGCCCCUAUAACUGGUCCGACCCCGACAUCAGGCCCCACCCAUUUACCAGACCCCGCCCCUACACCUGUCUCAGCCCCUACCCCAAGCCCCGCCCCUACACCUGUCUCAGCCCCUACCCCAAGCCCCGCCCCUACACCUGUCUCCGCCCCUACCCCAAGCCCCGCCCCUACACCUGUCUCCGCCCCUACCCCAAGCCCCGCCCCUACACCUGUCUCCGCCCCUACCCCAAGCCCCGCCCCAACACCUGCCCCUACACCAAGCCCCGCCCCUACACCAAGCCCCGCCCCUACACCUGUCUCCGCCCCUACCCCAAGCCCCGCCCCAACACCUGCCCCUACACCAAGCCCCGCCCCUACACCAAGCCCCGCCCCUACACCUGUCUCCGCACCAACCCCAAGCCCCGCCCCAACACCUGCCCCUACACCAAGCCCCGCCCCUACACCAAGCCCCGCCCCUACACCUGUCUCCGCACCAACCCCUGACCCCGUCCCUAAACCCGACCCCGCCCCUACAGCAAGCCCCGCCCCUACACCUGGCCCCGCCCCUACAGCAUGCCCCGCCCCUACACCUGGCCCCGCCCCUACAUCAUCCCAGACUUCAGAGCAAGAGAAACGGCCAACGACCCCAGGAGGAUCAAGGAAAGAGGUCAAAUGGGAGGACCAGCAGGCGAAAACAGCCCAAGUUGGAGUCCUUCCGGCUAAGGCAUCAGAGGGCGACGUAUCACCUGGAGCCACCGGGGGCAGCGAGGCGUCCGACACCAUCAGCAGCUCUGAGGCCCCCCAGGGCCAAUCGGAAGACAGCGCGGGGGCGGGGUCAGACGGGGAGAGCAGACCGUCCCUAGAGAAGGGGGAGUCACUGGAGGGGGAGGACACGGAGGAGGAGCCAGAGAAGCCCAAGGCCCCGCCCCCCAAGGCGCCCGCCGCGGCGGGGGAGAUCUGCUCUCUGGGGAGGAGGGACGACGAUGAUGACGAUGAGAAGAAGAGGCGGUCGAGCCUGGGCGCCCGGAUGAUGGGGAUGGUCGGCCUGGGGAAGAAGAGCUCCUCCCAGCCCAACCCAGAGGAGGAGGAGAAGAAGAAGAAGGUGAUCCGGCUGCCGGUGCAGCGCAGCGUGGAGACGGGGCUGGCUGUGGACUUCAGGGCGCGCUUCACCAGACAGCCCAGCAGGGACCUGGACGCUGAGGAGCCCACGCCCGGAGCGCUGAUCUUCCCGGGGGUGAAGCUGGCUUCUGAUAGGCUGUUUAAUGGCUUCCUGGAUGGGCUUGGCCCCGCCCAGUUGGCUGGGCGCCAGACCCUGGCCACGCCUGCAAUGGGUGACAUCCAGAUCGGGAUGGUGUACAGGAAGGAGCGUCUGGACGUGGAGGUGAUCCGAGCCAGGGGGCUUGUGGGUAAACAGGGGACCAAGAACAACGUCCCAGCUCCGUACGUGAAGGUGUACCUGGUGGACAACGGGAAGUGUGUCCUGAAGCGUCGCACGCGCCUCGCCAGGAAGUCACCCGACCCGCUGUACCAGCAGCAGCUGCAGUUCGAAGACACGCCGGAGGGCAAGGUGCUGCAGAUUAUCGUGUGGGGAGACUACGGUCGAAUGGAUCACAAAUCCUUUAUGGGAGCUGCUCAGAUCCUAUUGGACGAUCUGGACCUAUCCCAGAUGGUGAUUGGUUGGUUCAAAUUGUUCCCUCCCACGUCGUUGGUUGACCCUGCUUUGGCCCCGCUGACCAACAGUGAGACAGAGGGUGUUAAGAAGUAGCUCCGCCCAAUAUCAGCAUGCCAACCAAUCAGCACAUCACGACUCCACCGCUGGUUGCUGGGGCAACAGAACGUCCCCUCUGAUGAUUGGUGGAAGAAGGAUUGUAACUCAUAACAUGUCAUAACAUACAGCGAGCUAAAACAUAACACUCCAAUACUUUAGUUUAAUAAAGUCAGAGUAACAGACCUUUAUUUUAUUGCAUCCUGAACAGAAAUGUCCCCAGAAAUAUGCUUUUGAAUUGUUUUCAGAAUAAAAUGCAUAACUAUU